CACAUAUAACCCGAAUAUAAAACAGAUCGAGAGAUGGCAAUCAAAAAGCAAGUGAUGGAAGGAGAGGAGCCAGUCAGUCCAUUUGCACAGCUGUUCAGCUUGCCGGGUCUCGACGUCUUCAACAUUGUAACCAUUGGAUGCAAAACCGAAGGCGAUCCAUCAACCGUUGUUGAAGGAUUAAAGAACACAUUGAUUAACCAUCCACGCUUCUCUAGCAUACUGGUGACGGGUCAUGGUGAGCGCAAAGGAAAAGCUAGAUGGAUUCCAACCAAAGUAAACGUGGAAGAGCACGUAAUUGUUCCGGAAAUAGAUCCCAACAUUGAGAAUCCUGAUGAAUUUCUAGAGGAUUAUACAUCAAACAUGGCUCUUUCUCCGAUGGAUAUGUCCAAGCCUUUAUGGGAGUUUCACCUGUUGAAACUUAAGACAUCAAAUGCGGAAUCUAUCGCUAUUGCUAGGUUCCAUCAUUCUUUGGGCGAUGGGAUGUCUCUUAUGUCUCUUUUACUUGCUUGUACUCGAAAAACAUGUGAUCCCGAGGCAUUGCCUACUUUUGUGGCUCCGAAAAAAAGCAAAGCUAAGAAUGCUUGUUGGUCGUUGGUUGCUUGGUUAUGGUUCAUUUUAAGACUAAUGUUCCAUACUUGUAUUGAAGUUAUCAAGGCUAUGGUUAUUAUAUGUUUCGCAGGGGACACCACAGCUUAUCUAAUGGGUAAACCAGGAGUUACACUUAGCACCAAUAAGUUUAUUCAUCGGAUCAUUAGUUUGGAUGAGGUCAAAAACGUGAAGAACGCCUUGAAUAUGACGGUAAAUGAUGUUCUUUUUGGGAUGGUACAAGCGGGUCUUUCACGAUAUUUGAAUCAAAGAUAUGAUCUUGAAACAACUUUAAAGACAAGAAAAACUAUUUAUGGUGUUGUUUUUUUCAACCUCAGGCCAAAUAAAGAUAUCGAGGAUUUGGCUAAUAUGAUGGCAAAAGGUUCUAAGUGCAGAUGGGGAAACUCAAUAGGUUAUGUUCUGAUUCCUUUGUGGAUGAAGUCAGAGGAUGAUAUUCUUGAAUAUGUUCGACAGGCUAAAACUACUAUGGAUCGUAAAAAACUUUCCCUAGAACCUCUAUUUUCCUUUGGAUUGCUCAAAUUGACCAUGGAGGUUUUUGGACUUACAGCACUCAAAAACCUUGUAAAGAGGAUAUUUGGUAGCACAACAGUGGUAUUCUCAAAUGUGGUUGGUCCUGUCGAAGAAAUUAGUUUUUUUGGCCAUCAAAUAUCUUACAUUGCUGCAAGUACCUUUGGUAUCCCACAGGCGCUCGUUAUCAGUAUUCAGAGCUAUGUGGACAAACUUAUAAUCAACAUUAAUGUUGAUCUCGACGUGAUUCCAGACCCGCAUCACCUUUGUGAUCUCAUCAUCGAAGCUCUCGGCAUGAUGAGUUCUGCUGCUCCAAAAAAGUUGUUUCAUCCUUCAAAGGUUUAAACAAAAUAUUUUAAAUAUAUAUAUAUAUAUAUGGAAAAUGAAGAACCCUUAUUUACAUGUAUAAUCAAAUAUUCAAUUGAGCCAUGUAAUUAUUUUCAAUACUUUGUCUACUUAUAGCUCAUCCUGA